CAAACCGGCAGAGGAGAGUUUGCGGAGCUCGAAUGAUGGUCCCACGAUAACAGGUUCGGAAAGCUUUACAAUUCUUCCUUCGUUGUUACGGUUCAUAAGCACGAUAUUACACGCUAGAUGCUCUGAUAAGUAUCUCUCGUAUCGUUUUAGGUUCCUAAGAUAAGCAAAACACAGCGUUUGCAAAAGAAAAAAGGAAAACUGGAUAAGUUUACUUGUCCAAUAUCACCCACGAGGCUUGAAGCUUCCUUGUUUCGCUCACUGCUACGACAUUCAAGGGACUGCCGGCAACAAUCUUCACUUCCAGUUUCACCUACAAAGAUAUCGGCGCUGAAAAAAUCAUCUGACUUCAACCUGUAGUACCUUCCCGUCUUUGUUGCUUCCUCCUCGAGAGAUUUGACAUUUACUCCAUUGAACGAUGUGAAGUCUACCUUGGAUCUAUAUCCCACUACGACAAAACAAGAAACGCCUCCUCAUUCUUACUUGGUGUGAGAACUUCGUGGAGUAUGCCAAGAAGAGUGACGAGAGUUCCUGGCUGGACAACUCGAUCCAAGGUCCACAACACAGCAGCGUCAGAGAGCUCUCUCAAGGUGUCGAAGAUUAUCACAACACCAUAAGCCAUCGCUUCUUCUUGUUCUUCCAUUGUCACUUACUUUCGUUCUUUGUUUUCUCUACAGCUUUUAAAUCAUAGACAACGGAUUGUGCAAAAAUCGAAGAUGGAUAUGCGAAAGAUCCCUGGAUAUUUGUUUAAACACUCCAGGCUUUUCAAGAUAAGUACGGGAGCCACGUAUGCGUGGAAAAUUUUGGAAGGCUUUGAAGCCCUCGUCGGCGCCGGCGAGAAUGCGACGGCAACGGCCCUAAGGUCUGACGGUACCUUGGCACGCUAGCAGCAAUGCGCUGCUCCAGAUCAAAGAUCUGAUGUUCUUCCAGCUCUACGAAACUCCCUCUAGAGAACCGAAUGACGAUUUUCUGUGUUCCUCGUCUAGAUCGAUGGCUAGGCCUCUCGGCAGCGAUGAUAAUGAUGGGCUGUGCCGGAUUGACAUACACGUAUGCUGUUUACAGCGAGCAUAUGAAGCAAAGGUUACAUUUUUCACAGGAAGAUGUCGAUGAUAUCGGUGCUGCCAAAGAUCUGGGAGGAGUUGUGGGAGUUCUUUCCGGACUUUUCUACAAUAUGUAUCCUCCCUGGGUGACGAUAGGAAUUGGAGCUGCCUUGCAUUUCUUUGGCUACACAAUGGUUUGGAUGACUGUAGCAGGCAAGGUUGCCCCUUCGUUCUGGCUGUUGUGCAUGUAUUCUGCCGUGGGGAAUGGAGGAGAUAACUGGAUUGACACAGCCUGCAUGAUGACAAGCUUGCAGAACUACGAAGAGCAAAGAGGGACGGCGAUGGGGAUAUUGAAAGCACAGCUUGGUCUUAGCGGGGCGAUAUUUGUCAUGAUUUACGAGGUGUUUCUUGAGCCAAAUGUGAAUCAGUUCUUACUGCUUAUGUCACUGGUUCCUACACUGGCCUAUGUUUUGCUGGCGUUUUUUGUCAGGCCUUUCGAUCACACAGAGGAUGAAGAUCCAUCGGCUCCUCCUCGUUUCAAGAUGGCAUUUAUCACCGUUCUCGUGCUUGGAAUUUUUAUGAUGGUUUCAUUGGCUUCAAAGGAAUAUUUUAAAGAAAGCAAGCUCUUACAACUUAUGACAAUUACUAUCAUGCUAUCAAUCAUGCUAAUAAUGUACACUAUCCCACUGAUUCGAUUUCCUAGGAAGUUUUUCCCGCCGUCUUCUGAAGGCAUUGAUCUUCCAAAGCUAGAAACAAAGGCAUAUGAUCUUCAAGACGCUGAAGAAGAAAGAUUAAAUCUCUUAAAAACGGGGGCCGACCCUUCUCAAGUUUUGACACACAGCCAGAUUGCCACCCCAGCCGCAGCUUCUACUGGUCACACUACACUCAAAGACGCUCUCGCGGACUUCAAUUUCUGGUUGGUUUUCCUUGUCGUGACGAUUGGAGCAGGAACUGGUGUGGCAAUAAUCAACAACCUUGCUCAGAUAGGAAAGUCACUUAGAGCUGGAGGAACUGAUAUUUAUGUUGGUCUGAUCAGCGUCUGGAGUUGUUUUGGUCGACUCGGAUCGGGGUAUGGGUCGGAUCUUUUGAUGCGGCGUGGCUAUCCGCGAACUCUGUGCCUUCUCAUUGAUCAGAUGAUCAUGGCUCUGUGUUGUUUGCUUCUUGCUACUGGAUUGAUAUCCUCGUUAUUUAUCGGCUCUGCGCUCACGGGACUUUCAUAUGGAGCAUACUGGACGCUUAUUCCAGCAAUUCUAUCCGAGGUGUUUGGCGUCCAGAACUUCACAGUCCUCUACAAGCUCGUCUCGCUUGGUCCGCCUCUUGGAUCAUACAUCCUGUCAGCCAAAGUGAUGGGAUCCCUCUACGACGAGGAAGCCGCAUUGUAUCGUCAGAAAAGUGGUGGAGCCAGUGUGCCAGCCGGCGGUGACGAUCUUAACAAUUGUUAUGGCUCCAAAUGCUUUGGCUUUGGCUUGGUAGCACUCUCUCUCGUUAGCUUGGUUGGAGCCGCCGCCAGCUUCCUCCUCUUUCUGGGAACAAAACGAGCCUACCACAAAAACCAAGUAAAAUAGAAGUGGCCCAGUACGUCACAAGAAAAAUCUUCGUUUUUGCUACAAGAAGCUCUAUCAGAUUCCAUCCCGCGCUCUUGAUUGUGGGUUUAGUGAUUGAUUCUUGCUAGUAUGCCUUUGAACACAUGGCUAAAUCCUCCUCCAGACAAAAAGUUUGCUUGUGAGAAGCUGUGAGUUGCUUCCUCGAUCUCUGCCAAGUCUAAUUUCUUGUGCAUUU